UAUACGUAUCCUACCCUAAGAAAACAGACAUGGACAACAAGAUUGUAGUAUUCAUCUGCAUAUUGGGCGUAGCCAGCGCAGGUGUUGUUGCCCCUCUACCUUUAGCUCGAGUGGACCCUCUCCCCCAAUACUCGUACGGAUACGAUGUUCAGGACGCACUUACGGGCGAUUACAAAGGACACCAAGAACACAGAAAUGGCGACUUAGUCACUGGGUCUUAUACAGUCGUCGAUCCCGAUGGCACUAGACGUAUUGUGGACUACUCGGCUGAUCCACUGAACGGGUUCAAUGCGGUGGUACGACGAGAGCCACUCGUGAUUGGUGCUCCAGCGAGGGUGGUCGCGCCUGCCCCUGUAGUCGCCCCCGCACCUCUAGCUGCGCCUGUAUUACCCCGGGCUCCAAUUCUAGCACCUGCGCCAGCACCAUUGCUGGCUCCUAGACUACCUAGUCCAUAUUUCUUUUAGAUGAUUUACUACAAUUUUGUUGUGUUUUUUGUACUUAUUUUUAUA